UGUGAACCUCUCUCGAAGGACGAGACCCCCCAACCAUAAGCCAGACAGGUACAUGCUUGCUCACCCUCUCACACCUGGACUCUAGCUAUUUUCUGGCUCCUGGUUUUGGUGCAUCUCCAAAGUGGUUUAUGGUUUAGGGGAUAUUCUUUCUUUUCUUUCUCAUUUCACCGGUUUAAAAGUGUUGCAUAUUGCAUUGUUUGAGGCUAAUGAUGAGACUAAUCCACAUGAAGGUGUUUAAUCUUAAAUGGGGUGGUUAGGUUAAAGCCAAGGGCCCAUGGGCUCAUGCUUAUGAUUUGCAAGUGUUGCUUUCAAGGGAAAGAAAAGAAAGAAUUUGGCCCUUUUAGAAGAUUGGUGUUCUUUCUGAGAGGCUUUGCAAUUUGCAACCGAGCCCAUUGGCCACUGGCCUUCUGAUGUGAUUUUCUGGGCUAGAUAUUAGUUACUUUGGACAUUGAGCAUUCUGGGGGGUUGAACAAAGUUAAAAGUGUUUUCAAUGUGAUUUUUUGAGGACAAAGAUGAAAUCCUUGAGUAGUGUAGGCCUUGGUCUGAGUAUUAUUUUUGGUUGCCUUUUGUUGGCUCUGGUGGCUGAGGUUUACUACUUGCUAUGGUGGAAGAAGAGGAUAGUGAACAGAGAGAUUGAAAAUAAUUAUGGCAACCCUGUGAAGGAGUUAUUCUACAUGUUUUGUUGGAAAAGGCCAUCACCAUCUUUGAGGCAAACAAGUUUCACUCCUGAGCUUUGUUCUUCAAUGAGAAUUGGUGACACCCUUGUUCAUGACCCUGAACAAGUUCACUCUCAAAGUGGCCAUAAGGACUUUGUUUUCAAACCCUUUGGGGAGGAUGGCAUGGAUUCUGAGUACAUGAGGCAACAAGACCUGUUAGGCCCUCCAAGAUUUUUGUUCACCAUAGUGGAAGAAUCAAAGGAAGAUUUAGAAUCAGAUGAUGGCAAAUCUAAGUGUGACAAGAGUGGAAAGGGUUCAAGAGGUAGAAGUUUGGGUGAUUUGCUUGUUGUGGAGACACCAUAUAUGACACCUACUACCUCUCCACCUUUUUUCACUCCUCCUUUCACUCCGAUGAGUCCCUAUAACCAGCACGGAUUCAACCCUCUAUUUGAAACAGCAACUGAUGCUGAGUUCAACAGAUUGAAGUCCUCACCUCCUCCAAAAUUCAAGUUCUUGCAAGAAGCGGAAGAGAAGCUUAGAAGAAAACUAGAACAAGAUCAUGAAAGUAAGGGAAAUGGAGAUGAGGUUGAUGGCUCUUUCAUCACAAUAGUUGUUGACAAGAAAACAACAGGAGAGGUUAAUCAUCACCAGCCUCGUCCACAACAGUACCAUUCAAGCUCUUCUUCACAGGUUCUUCCCUUAGCUUCUUGACACAUUCAGCAAACCAGAAGAAAGAAACCAGCUAACACCAAAGUUCUGUCAGUCAAUUAAGAGUUCAUUUCUUCAUUAAUAUCUUUCUAAUUACAUGUUGAAGAAUUCCACUUUUUUUGUAAUGGGAAUUUGUUUCCCCCCUUAGUUGUUUUGGGAUGAAGUUGUGGUUUAAUCUGCUAAGCCACUUGUGAAUGAAAUGCACUCUCAAUGUUUCAAAACAUAUGGGGGACAAUAUUUUCUGCCCAUAAAUGCUAAAAGGUGGGUUUAAUGCAAUUGCAAUUUUUUCUU